AGCGAGAUUCAAACCGGCUAAGCAUAUACAUAAUUUUCGUAUCGGACAUUCACUAUUUAAAAUAUUAAAAAAUUAUCUUGAAGACAAACUGUUUUAUACAUCGCGCCACGAGCAGAGUAAUCUGGCGCUCUACAGGAACCUACCUACGCCUCUUAAAAUCUCUCACAUGCAACAUCGAUAUAUCGAAUUCGUGCGCCAUAUUAGUUUGCCGCCAAUGUAAUGCGUCGCAAUGAAUUUGUUGCGCGUCUUAACCGUCGAAGCAGUUGAACUUUUUUGAAACGUGUAGUUCUUGGAUACAGUUUAUAGUACAUUUUCUGGGUACAUCUGCAUUUGUUCAGUAAUUUUUGUUAUCAAUAUGCCAAGACAGUGUUGUUUUCUUUGUGCUACCGAUGAAGGAGUUUUUUUAGAUAUAACAACGGAAAACAAACAACUGUAUCGAAAACAAUUCGAAACUUGUUCACUUGUUAAGGUACCAACAUCAGAUCAACUUCCGACCAAACUUUGUCACAAAUGUGUGUAUGAACUAAAUCAAUGCAGUAAUUUUAUAGAAAGAGUUAAACGUACCACAAGAGCUAAGUCAAGAAAUCAGAAACCAUGCUGCACUUUAUGCCACUACUCUUCAAGAAGCGAAUUAAUUUUUGAUUUUAAUAAAGACCACAGUUUACAUAAUAAUUCAUUUGACAGAGUCCAAACAAUUUUUAAUUAUGAUCUUAAAAGUUUCAAAGCAGCCUACAAAUAUAUAUGUUUGUCUUGCCGAUAUACAUUAGAUGUAUUGCUCGAUUUAAAGAAUGUAUCUAAAGAAAUUUCUACCAAGAUAAAUGAUAUAAUCAAUGAAAAGAUUGAUUAUGUAAAUAUGCCCAAGAUAAAAACCAAUGUAGUAAGUCGUAAAACUACAACUACUGAAUCUGCUAGAACAAACUUGUCCGCAGAAAAACCUGCCUUAGAAAAAUCUGAUAAUGAAUCUACCAAAGUAAUGCGUACACGGGCACGAAAUAAUAAAUUAAAUAAUAAUCAAUCAAACGAAAAAUUACAAUCGCGAGUUUGCGAUGAAUGCCAUAGUUCUGUUAAAGCUGGGGAUAAUCUGUACAAAGUUCAUAAAACGAGGAACAAUAUUUGCAAGAAGUGUUGGGUGAGAAGGGGUCUCGAUAAAGAUGAAACCGAAAAUCAAAUACAGCAAAAUGGUACAGAAACUAAGGUUUGUAAAGUAUUUUUGAAAGAUGUAUUGAAAGAGACAGAACUAAAAGAACAAAAGCGGAAAACUGUUAACAAGAGACACGUAACGGUGAAGAGCAUAGAAAAUGAAAGUAAGUCUAGCAAGGUAGUUGACACCAGAGGCAGUGAAAGUAAGCAAGGUCAAAAGCGUUCUAUUUCGACCGUGGAAGAUGAAGAGAAAUCGGCGAAAGACGAAGUUCCACAGACUAAAAAAUCUAGGGCUAACGUACAAUUGGAUCACGAUGAUUCCAAGAAAUCCGAGGAGUCAAUACAAAAAGAGCCAGAAACAAAAAGAGUCAGAUCUAGCACUCGCAUCGUUCGUCAAAAUUCUGAGUCAGAUUCCUCUCUGGUGAAGAGAAGAAGCGAAAGAAGUUUAACCAAACAAAAGCAAGCAGCAGGCGCAUCGUUAUCUGACGCGGACGUUGACACUAAACGUAAUCGCAAAAAGUUGAGAAGUAUUUUAGAAGGUAACGCUGUGAUAAAGAAUCUAGAUUUAACCGAUGAAUCUUCUUCGAACGAGGACUCCGCAAAGAGGAAACGAAGGCACACAAGCACCUCUCCUGACCCGCCCAGCAAGAGAAGUAAAACAGUUUCUAUUAGAGAAUCAAAAUCUCCUGUUACUAAAUCAAAAACAUCGCAAGAAUCGCAGUCUUCUGAAUCCGACACCAACGAUGUACUGUUCCACACUAGAACAUAUGUUUGCGACGAAUGCGGAGCUAGUUAUGAAAAUAAACUACUAGGUUUGACGCACAAAUUGACACAUUACAGUCGUCCGAAAUUGAAAUUAGAAAAGAUGAAGGAAGAUGCUAUAAAGAAAGACACAAGUACAAAAACGGAUGAGCCACCUAAAGAUCAGUCUGAGAUAGCAAUAAGUGUAGAUGACGACGAGGAAGAAUCAGCGAACGAUGCAGAUAACGCGGUUGAAAGCACGGAAGAUAAAGCACAAGAUUCUAAAAAGGAUGCGGUGGAAGAUGCCAUUGAUAUGGAACUAGUUAUGAAAGAAUCUGAUGAUGACGUCACCGAAAAGAAAGCAGAGGAAUCGCAGAGAGAAGAAGAAGAAGUAGACACAGCAGUGCCAGACUCGCCAAAAGAGAAGGAAACUGAAACUAAGAAACAAAAAAGAAGUAGUUACGAUAACAACAAUAAGAGUAACAACAACGACGAAUCGGAGGAGAAAGAAAGCCCAGAUUCAAAAGGGAAGAAGAAGACCUCUCUCAGUAGUGUUGAAGAAACAAAAGAAAAAGAAGAUAAACAAAAUGCCUUACUUAGUGAUAAUGAAGAUGUAGCAGAAGAAAAAGAAAAUGUGGAAGAAGAGCAAAAGCCAGAGGAAAGUAACGUAGUCAACAAUAAAGACGACGAAAAAGAAGAUGAAGAUGCGGGCGAUAAAACUACAAGAACGGAAAGGAAAGACAGUAGCGAAGAAGAACCAAUAUCUUUAGGAAUAUGGGAACCAGAGGCCGAAGUCACUGAAAGUAUAAAUGAAUCAGAAUCACCGAAGAGUUCUAAAAAUGAGGUUACAAAGGACAAACUAGAGUCUUCUAAAACUGAGAAAGCAGAAUCUUCUAAAGAUGAUAAAGAGGAAGAAGAGAAAGAAGCCGAAGAGACUGUCAUAGACGUGGAGAGCAGCGGACAAGAAUCCUCUGAAUGUGUGGAGAUAAAAGAGUCCGGUGACGACGAUAUAGAACAAAUAGGGAAAUUAAAAAAGACUAUAACUAAAUCUAUUAUUUCAGAAGAAAUAAUAGUAACAAAAGAAAGUAUCACGAUCGAGGAAGACGACAUCGAAAUCGAGAGCGAAAGCAUCUCAAACACAACAGUCACAAAAGCAGAAGAAUCGACCGAUUGCGCUGACGCCGCAGCAGAGGUUCUACGCGAGGUCAUCGACUUAGCGAGCGCCGAAGUUCAGAAACGACAAGAGGUUACCGAGUUAGACAGCGAAGAGGAUUCUAACGAGGUAGAAACAUUAGAAAACAUAUCGCGUGAAAUACAGAACAGUGUCGAAGUACCGCCUCUCGAUUAAAAUUGAAGUGGAAGCAGUAUAUACGUUUGAAAGAAUAUUCGUCAACACAUCUAUCACCAUUUUUCUAUAAAAAUUGUGUACAAGUUAUGUAGAUGUACAAUUACAGAUGCGAAAGAUAAGGGUAUAAAUGUUUCAAGUAUUCAGCGAGGUGUAGCGAAAUCUCGCUAUAUGGCCCUGGGAAAAACAGUGAAAGCGAUGAGAUGGUAUAGGGAUACUAUCGCAAUUGAUAAUUUGCAAAUUUACUUUUAAUUUUUCAAAUUCGAAAAUUUGGAAAUUUAUGUGGAAGGAAACUUUCAGCGGGCAAUAUACAAGGAUGCCAUAGAGCGAAAUCACGUUAUGUGAGAAUAGAAUUUUAUGAAUCUAUCCGUUUAAUUAGACAAACAUUUAGUUUGUUUUCAAAAUUGCAAAUCGUAAUUAUAAUCGUGUUCGUAUCUGUUUUCUUGUAAACUUCUGAUUCUAGAUGAAUCUUGAAUUCGCUCGUCGUAGUGAUGGCUUCUGACGCGCUGUUUAUGUUCCAACAUUAUGUUCGUUUCAACUCUGACCUCUAAACGGGUAGAUUCGUAUCACGUUUCCUACAGUAGCUGUAUUUUAUUUUACUAAAAAAAUAGGGGAGAUAUAGGAAAAAUUCAUCAUACAGUAUUCUUGAUUGUACGGCAAAACAUCACACGAAUUACUCAAAUUUUUACUUUGAUUAAUUUUCAAUAAUUAGAUCUUUGAUGAAUUUUCUACCGUUCACGACAUUGUUCAUAGCAUUGCACAUAGUUCACAGAAAAGUGACAGAAUAAAUAAAUCUCAGCAGUAAUGAAUUUGCUUUGCUUUCUUAAAUUAACUGUAAUUAGCCCUAACUUUUAAAUAUGAAAAUUUCUAAAAUUUUGUAUUUAUUCACUGCAAAAUAUGUACAAAUUAUUUUCCAGUGCAAUUUCUCAGAGGAUAUUAGUGCUGAGACUAGAGGAACUAGGAACAGCUGUUUAGUUUUAUACAAAUGCUUUUAAGCAGAAUAGUUGCCAUUGCUGUACUUUGUUACAUAUUUCAAAUUACGUUUGUUAAUCAUAAUUACUUUCACGUAUCAUAGCGAUUUUAUUAGUACAAUUAACUUUUAGUACACCACAUUUUUGUUACCUAUUCCCUUCAAGUUAUUCUAUUUUCUUUUUAAUUUAGUUCUCAUACUGAUAUUAUAUUUUAUAGAUUUUGCUUGGUUUUAGCUUGAUUUUAAGGAAGAGAUUUACCUAUGUAUUAUACAAAACAGUAUCACCGUGUUGAUAUAUGAAAGUCGACGGGAUGUGAUGGGCAAAUUUUUAGAAGUUCAUGGGCAUAGUUUCUCAAUUUAAAGUUUGAAAGUUUCCAUCCAUCACCAUUCAAAAUGGCGGAGUGUUCAAGAUGUGAGUUCUAUUAUCAAAAAUAUAAUUAAGUAUUCAUUUUUAUUCCACCGUCCAUAAGGACACACAUGAUUUGCUCAUCACGAUGUAGUGUCGUUAACAGCUGUUUCUUAUAUUUAUACUUUUUCUUUUAACCACAUAACACUUUAGAGGCCGUCACAUCUUAAUCUACAUUUAUUUUUAAUUCACAAAUUCUUCAAAUAUAAUUUUAUCGUUAGACAUAAAGUUGAAUUUGCAAGAGUGAAGAAAUGUGGCCCUCAAAGUGUUAUUAAAGUUGAUUUGUGUUCAAGUCGUACGUUCGAAGAAAGUGUGGUGUUGCGAAGAUGAGAAACGUUUCUGUGUACAGCUGUCGAGUUGCAGAAAUGAAAUUAUUGUAGAAAAUUGUACGAAACGCAGUUAUUUGCGAGUUAAGGCCAUGACAUUUCUCGACCAGCGUCGUUUCUUGAUAAUAUGGAUGAAAUGGUAUCCAGCGAAUGUUCGUGCGAGAUAUCCAAUUCUGAUUUAUCGUCUGAAAUAUAAAAUGGUGGGUGUAAGUAUAGAAUAUUUUUUGAGGUUUAAGGGAAUCAGUAUACUAUGGAACCAAGGAAAUGUUUGGUUCACAAAUUGAAAGAACAAAAAAAAAAAUUUAUAAAAAUAUAAAUAAGAUUUAGUAAUACGUUAAUAGUUAAGCAUUAGUAUUUUAUUGUUUAUUAAAAGACAUUAUUGAUUUGACAAGAUUUUAACGUUUUAAAAAAGAUAUACAUUUAGCACAAGAAACAGUGGCCAUAUUAAUGUAAUGGUCGAUAUAUUAAGGAUCGAGGUUAAGGAAUAACUUGUGUAAAAUAAUUAUAUAUAUAUACAUACAUAUACAUACGUAUAUAUAUAAAUUUAAAAAUAAACUUUGUAUAUAUAAUUGUACCGACGAUUAAGAAACAGAUUGAGAUUUAUUGUUACCUUGUAUUUUCUCGGUCCAAAAGUUUUCCCUGCAACUUUUCCAUCGACAGAUUUUCAAGGUCGCCUCUUCAUCGUACUCACCGCAUUGUAAUAACAAAUUGUAAUAUUUCUUGAUUCUCUCUUGCCCUGUCGACAGAUCUUAUUCUUACAUUUUUAUUCUAAUGUAUCGGCUCAUGGAAGAACUAAAGUAUGUAAUUUCUACGUCUACGCGUAUUUUUAAUGUUUGUUUUCACGUCUUGCAGUCACGCCUGUUGCACAUUGUUAGAUUGUAAAAUGGAACAUAGUAAUAAACUAGUAAUUGUGUAUUUCUAAAGGUGCAUUUUAUUUGAUCUGCAGAAAAUUGUCCUUUCAAAUGUUUCUAAUGUUUCAAACUUUAAUAUUUGAACAUUUCAAGUUUAUAACUUGAAGUCUCUUUGAAGUUGCUAACUAAGAAAUUGUAUCUAAUUGUGUAUAUCUAAAGGUGCAUUUUAUUUGAUCUGCAGAAAAUUGUCCUUUCAAAUAUUUCAAAUUUUUCAAACUUCAAUAUUUGAACAUUUCAAGUUUGUAAGUUGAAAUCUCUUUGAAGUUGCUAACUGAGAAAUUGUAUCUAAUUGUGUAUUUCUAAAUAUGCAUUUUAUUUGAUCUGCAGAAAAUUGUCCUUUCAAAUGCUUUAAAUGUUUCUAACUUUAAUAUUUGAACAUUUCAAGUUUGUAAGUUGAAAUCUCUUUGAAGUGGCAAACUGAGAAAUUGUAACCAGAUAGUGUUAAGUGAAGACGUUAAGUCCAUUGUUACAAUUCAAGACAAG